UUGACAGGAAAGGUUAGUUGAUCAUGAAGUCUUAGCUUCGUUUUGUGCCAUAGCGGGGUGAAGUUUGUUUUGAAAAUUUAUCACGUUGGAUAAUCUUUAUAUCAUCGGAGACCUUUUUGGAGUUAAAUAAAUAACGUUUUAAAUCAACAAAGAAGUAUUCAAACAUCUGUAAUGAUCGAAAUAAAACGGAAGUAGCUUUGCCUGUCGAGUAUCUUGAUGCCAGAACUAGUAGUCAUGGAGCUGAGCAGGCAACUGUGUGUGAAGAUGAAGAAGCAGAGGAAGGCAGAGAUGUCUGUCCCGGCUGUCAUGAAAGGACUGGAGAUCCACUUCUACCUGCCUGACACACACCAGCUCGAGUACUUCAAAGACUGCCACACUGCGGAGGACCUGUGCGUGGAGGCUGCCAAGAGAUGCCACAUCUCACCUCUGUGCCACAACCUGUUUGCUCUAUAUGAGGAGAGCCAGGAUGUCUGGUACGCUCCCAAUCAUGUGUUCAAGAUCACAGAGGAGACCAGCAUCAAACUUCACUACCGAAUGAGGUUUUAUUUCACAAACUGGCAUGGCACUAGUGAGAGAGAGUCUCCAGUUUGGAGACACUCUCUCAGCAAACAAAAAGGGGGUAUGAUCUCUAAGAAGGGCCCUGAGGGAACCCCUCUGUUGGAUGCUGCAUCACUUGAUUACCUGUUUGCACAGGGUCAGUAUGAUUUCCUGAGGGGAUUGGCUCCUGUGCGCACUCCACAGAGUGAGGUCGAGCAUCAUGAGAUAGAGAAUGAGUGUUUGGGAAUGGCUGUUUUAGCCAUAACUCAUCAUGCCAAAGGAAAUGAUCUGCCCCUAUCAGGAGCUGGAGCUGAGACCAGCUACAAGCGCUUCAUUCCUGACAGUUUGAACCGCACCAUUAAACAGCGUAACUUCCUCACACGCAUGCGCAUCAACAAUGUUUUCAAGAACUUCCUGAACGAAUUCAACAGCAAAACCAUCCAGGACAGCAACAUAUCCCUUUAUGACCUGAAGGUCAAGUAUCUGUCCACUCUUGAAACUCUGACCCAAGGCAUGGGCCGAGAGACUGUAGUCCCCAAGAGGCUGAAAGUAUCAGGGGAGAAUGAGGGAUCUCCAGCCCACUCACUUCACAUAUUAGAUGAUGGAUUGGGCUAUGAGGUGCAAGUAUCUGGAACCACUGGGAUCUCUUGGAGGAGAAAGCUCCUACCGAAUCUUCUGAUUGUGAAAGACAAAAGCAAAUCUAAAAAGAACAAGACAGACAGCAAGCAGAAGAAUGACAAGAAGAAAGACGGCAACAAUGGCUGGAUACUUUUCUCAGACUUUAAUGAAAUCACCCACAUCGUCAUUAAGGAGUCUUGCGUCACAGUUUACAGACAAGACAAUAAAACCAUGGAGUUGGAUCUGUUUUACCGUAAUGCAGCUCUGUCUUUUGCUGCACUGGUGGAUGGUUACUUCCGACUGACUGUAGAUGCCCAUCAUUACCUUUGCACAGAAGUUGCACCUUCAUCGGUGGUCCAGAAUUUAGAAAAUGGCUGUCAUGGCCCCAUCUGCACUGAGUAUGCUAUUCAUAAACUCCGCCUAGAGGGAAAUGAAGAAGGAACCUAUGUUCUGCGCUGGAGCUGCACAGACUACAACUACAUUAUCAUGACCGUUGUAUGCAUGGAGUUGGACCUGUGUGAGUCAAGACCUGUUCCUCAGUAUAAGAACUUUCAGAUUGAAGCAAGCCCUCAGGGCUACAGAUUGUUUGGAACAGAGACAUUCAGGGCUACUCUGAAGGAGCUCCUGGAGCACCUGCAGGGCCAGAACCUGCGUACAGAAAACUUGCGCUUCCAGCUGCGCCGCUGCUGCCCACCACAACCCAGAGAAAUAUCCAACCUAUUGGUGAUGACCACAAACCGAGAACCCGUCCCCCAGAGACAACCUCAAGUCAGCCAGCUGAGUUUCCACCGCAUCCUUAAGGAGGAGAUUGUACAGGGUGAGCAUUUGGGACGGGGGACGAGAACCAACAUUUAUGUAGGUAUUCUAAAGCUAAAGAGUGAGGAUGACGAUGAAAUGGGAGGAUACACGCAGGAGAUGAAGGUGGUGUUGAAAGUGCUGGGAUCUGGACACAGAGAUAUCUCUUUGGUGAGCCUUUUUGAGACAGCCAGUAUGAUGCGCCAAAUCUCUCAUAAACACAUCGCCCUGCUCUAUGGAGUGUGUGUCCGUCACCAGGAAAAUAUCAUGGUGGAGGAGUUUGUUCAAUAUGGUCCACUGGAUCUGUUCAUGCGCAGACAGACUGAACCUCUCAGCACUGCAUGGAAGUUCCAGGUGGCCAAACAGUUGGCUAGCGCCCUCAGCUAUCUGGAGGAUAAGAAGCUGGUUCAUGGAUAUGUGUGUAGCAAGAACAUUCUGGUGGCACGAGAUGGGCUGAAUGAAGAGGGAGGAGCAUUCAUCAAACUGAGUGACCCCGGCAUACCCAUUACUGUACUCAGCAGAGAGGAGUGUGUGGACAGGAUUCCUUGGAUUGCUCCUGAGUGUGUACAGGACACAGCUAAUCUGAGCGUAGCAGCAGAUAAGUGGGGCUUUGGCACAACUCUGUGGGAGAUCUGUUAUAAUGGGGAAAUACCCCUCAAGGACAAGAAACUGACAGAGAAAGAGAGGUUUUAUGCAGCACAGUGCCAGUUGGCCUCCCCAGACUGUGAGGAACUGGCCAAGCUCAUGACCCACUGUAUGACCUAUGACCCCCACCAGAGACCCUUCUUCAGGGCCAUUGUCAGAGACAUUGACAUGGUGGAAAAACAGAACCCCUCCAUUCAGCCAGUUCGCUCACUAGAGGUGGACCCAACAGUGUUUGAGAAGAGAUUCCUCAAAAAGAUCAGAGACCUUGGAGAGGGUCAUUUUGGGAAGGUGGAGUUGUGUCGGUAUGACCCACGAGGAGAUCGGACAGGAGAACUAGUGGCCGUAAAAUCUCUAAAGCCAGAGAACAGAGAAGAGCAGAGCAGCAACCUGUGGUGUGAGAUUCACAUCCUGAGAGAACUUUACCAUGAGAACAUCGUCAAAUAUAAGGGCAUCUGCCAUGAAGAGGGUGGCAAAUCCAUUAAGCUGAUUAUGGAGUUUUUGCCAGCGGGCAGUCUGAAGGAAUACCUCCCCAGAAACAAAGCUCAUAUAGACCUGAAAACUGUUCUCAACUAUGCUGUACAGAUCUGCCAGGGCAUGGACUACCUUGGCUCUCGUAAUUACAUCCACAGAGAUCUGGCUGCUCGGAAUGUUCUGGUGGAGAAUGAAGGCACGGUGAAGAUUGGAGACUUUGGACUGACAAAAAGCAUUAAGGAUAAUGAGGGUUACUACACUGUGAAAGACGAUCUGGACAGUCCAGUGUUCUGGUAUGCUCCAGAGUGUCUGAUCCAUUGCAAGUUUUACAGGGCAUCUGACGUCUGGUCUUUUGGAGUGACCAUGUAUGAGCUCCUCACGUACUGCGAUGCCUCAUGCAGCCCAAUGUCGGUGUUCCUCAAAAUGAUUGGUCCAACACAUGGCCAAAUGACUGUCACCCGAUUGGUCAAAGUCCUCGAGGAGGGAAAGAGACUUCCAAAGCCAGACGGCUGCUCAGAAAGGUUGUACAAUCUGAUGAGGAGAUGCUGGGAGGCGACGCCUGAAAAAAGGAUCGACUUCAAAGGCCUGAUUGCCGCCUUUCAGCUGAUGAUCGACAAUCAGUAACAAUGGAAUAAAAUGGGACACAGAUUCCGCCUUGCAAGAGAAUGUCCCAGUUGACGGUUCAUCAACAAAGCCACUACAAAAAAGAAAAAAAAAAGGCGUAUAACUGUGCAGUGUAGCACUCUUUUAUAUAUAUUUUCUCCUUCUUACUGUAUCCCACAUGCAAUGAACUUCUAGAUAAACUGCUGGACAUUUGAAUUACAAAUAGCAAAUAAACCUGCCAGAACCACCGAAGCAAACAGUUGAACGCUGCCCAGCCUUUCUCUGAAUGUCAAAAAUGUAACAGCCAGACACUUGAUUUGCUCCUAUUUGUCUUCAAAUUCUAAUGCAGACCAAGCAUGGGUGAAAGAGGAGAAUUGGAACAUGUCCAUGCUUACGGUUAUACUGUUGACUGCUUCGUAUUGUGCCUCAGUGUCACAGACCUGUCACCAUGUUGCAUGUAUGAACGACCCAUUAUUCCCAAGGUGCAUUACAGCGCUGUAUGGAAUCCACUCAAACCCACCAAUAAGGCAUGUGCAAUGACAGCCCACCGCUGAGAACUGAACCCUGUUGAGGUCAAGAGAGGACUUUUGUUUUCUUUGGAAGAUGAGGAACCUGUCAGAAUGUAGAUUUACAUGUGUGGUUGGACAUUUGGAGCUUUGAUGAGUGAAUGUUGAGUGGAUUAUGCCCCUUCUUGUGAGACGAUUGACGUGUUAAGUAUGGUAAACGCUCAAAGACUGUGCCUUCGAUUAUAUGUGAGAGAAUGCGACUUGGCUAAACCGUGAGCGAACAGCUGUCCUCCUCCAUGGAGCAUGUCUGGAAUUCCAGACGCGCUGGAUUACUGAACUUUGAAACAGUGUGCACCGUGUUGUCAUUCAAAUAACUUGCUCUCAGAGCAUCACAUUUGCCACGGAAAACUGAAGAGAGAGCUGCAUGUCGAAGGAUGUUAUAUGGAUAUGCAUCAAGGGGGAACAUUGCUUCAGUGAAAUGCCGACAUGCGGCACUAGGGGACAGUAGAGAUCUUGAAAUAUCUCUGACAUCAGCCACAUCUUUGUGCAAGUCAUCCUCUGGGCUAACUUUCAUAAACUGAAGUAACCAUUUACAUCUAAAAAUACAUUUGUAUUUUAUCUGUUCCUUUUUUUUUUUAUCGAAAUGCAAUUAAAUGCAAAUGAACUGAUUUCUGUUCAAGAACUUGUCCAUGUCUGAAAGAUGGAUUCUGUUGAAGUUUGUUAUUGUUUUAAAGUGCUUAAAAGCCUUCGCCAUUAUUCAUAUCACUUAAGAGUGGCUAAGUAUUCAAAGAUGCACUCAUUUCUAUCUGAUUAUGCUAAAUCCUCACAUGAUUACUGAAAAGGGAAAAUUAUUCAUUUCCCAGGUGAAAGUUUCGUGUGGUUUUGCACCGAAGGCUUUAUUGUGAAAUGCAUGUUACUGCCUUUAUAUCCAACGCCUUUGUAGUGGUACACAAUGGGAUUAAGAAUGGUUAGGGAAAAAAGGACAACAUCUAAUAACCAUAAUUCUCAUGUCCUUUAAUGUGGAAUGCAAAAACAAUCUGUCUGCUCAAAAUUAAAACCCCAAACAAUUUUUAUCAAAAAAGAAUUCAAACAAAAUUGUAUCCAACAGGGAUAAAUGUACAUAAAUACACAUUAAAAUAAAUACAAUUAAUAACCUUUUUUGUUGUCGAGCUCUCUACAUCUACUGAAAAAGUAUUGCAGCAGUAUUUGCAUGCUUAAAUUCCACUGUUUACUAAAAAUAGCGUGUUCGCAGUAAAGCAAUAUCAAUAAGAGUUUGGAUAAAAAAUAUUGCAAAACCUGAAUUUAAGGUGGAAAAAACUACAACUUUUAAAAUGGAAAACAGGCUGCAAUGUGUAUUCAAAGCAAACUAGGGUUGAUACCCCUGCAUGUUUGAACAGGUGACUGUACCUCCUACAUUAUUAAGGGACACUUAAGUAUUGCAAAGCUUUGACAUACAGGUGCACAUCCAUGGCAUUCAGAGAUGAAAAGUUCACACAUUGAGCUUGCAGUUUGCAGGUUCUGAAAGAUACGUACAGUCUUGACUUAAAAUACAAGGGGAACGUUGGUGUGUUGUUGACCAUCAAGAAACACAAUAGUCAAUAGAAAUGUAAGUAGGCACAAUAUCUCAUCCUUCACCAUUUGAUGGUAACAGAAAACAAAUCAAGAUAUUAUCUACCCUCAUUAUUAAACUUCAUAUGAAAAUAACUGGAAAAAUUCAAAUCAAACCUUUCUUUUCAGAUUUUCCUUCAUUUUGGAGCAGUGGUGCUCCUGCUGAAAACAGAAUAAACCAGGCUAUGUUGGUUUGCUGGUCUUAGCUGGUUUAAACCGGUCUCCCAGCCUAGGCAAAAUAUAUUCAAAACAUCUCUAAAACCAGCCAACAAACCAGCCUGACUAGGCUUAAACUGGGUUAAGCUCUCUUUUUUUUUUUUUUCUUCUUUUUUUUUUAACAGGAGGGGGAAGACACAUGAAUAGGUCUUGUGGGAAGGUGACCAGAAGUACAUGCACUUUAUAAUCCCUGUAAAUUAAACAUUUUGAGCAAGUAAUCCAAAUUUACUAAGACAAAACAAACUUAAAGGUGCUUUAAGUGAUUUUAGCUUUCUGAAGCUUUCACGUGACUGAGCCGAUGAAUUGGCCACGCCCCCCUCAUUCCAAAACCCCACCCUCCAAAGAUAAUUUAGAGACCAACACAGAGUAAAAGAGCAGCAUAGUUUGUUCCUGUGACUGUCAAAUUUGACAGUGACACAAUACGCAAGUGACGAGCGUCCAUGUAUGUGGUCCGCAGACACAUUUUUGUUUGCUGUUAUAAAGGCUACAGCUGUCACAGAGACGGCGACAUAUCUCAGGAACACUUAUUUCAUUAAUACCUUUAAGGGAGUAGGAACAUUUUUUGCUUACUUUUCCAUGAAAAUAUCACUUGGAGCACCUUUAAAACAGACAUCCAAAAGCUUACUUUUUACAUUUAAGUUAUCAGCAUUUCUAGUAUUCCCAACACACAAAAAAGGCCUCUGUGUUUAUGAAUGGUGCUGAUUUGUGCUCAAACUGGGACUUCGAGCUUUAGGUACCAAUAUAUAUUUGGGAUUUUCUCAUCCUAGUCGUAAAUCAAUAACACAAAAAAGUGACGUAAAUAGAACGCAAUAACAGAGCCUCCUCUUUAAAUGUAUUGCCAGUCUGUUGUGGUGAGACAAAGGCUUUUGAGAGAGUGAAGAACAGAGACAAUCACUUCAAAAGAGUGGAAAAAAAAAGGCACAAAGCCUUAAUCAGAAAUGGAUGAGUAUCCAGUGGCAAAACCAAACAACAGCUCCUUUAAAGACAUUCAGCGGGCAAGACUGCAUCCAUCCAGUAAGCAGUACAAUACACAGCAAAAAAAUAACGUUCCGGGUUCAAGACAAGUUGAGCUCAAUGGGCCGCAUUUGUGGCAUAAUGUUGAUUACCGUAAAAUGUGUGACAUCCCUCAUUGAUAUUUAGAUAUAUAUAUUAGUUUAUAUAUAGAGUUUAAACAUGGAAAUGUGAAGUACUUCAAUUAAUUCUUCUGUUAUGCCCAUCAUUAUGGUAACGAAGUUGUAUAAUUGGCUAUAACUUUACACCGAAAAGUUUAGUAAAUGAUUUUAUCACACUCAAAUAAUUUUUACAGGCAUAUACUUUGUCUUGUGUCAAUACUUUUGAAACCGUGAGUAUUUUAACCUUAAAAAAUUGGCCCCAUUUACUUCCAUUGUAAGUGCCUCGAUCUGUGCUUUUUUUUUUUUUAAAGAAAAGGAACGACGAAAAAUUUAAUUUUUGCGGUGAUCAACAUUAUUCCACAAAUGUUGUCAAAUGAGAUUAACUUGUAUUGAAUCCAGAAUAUUCCUUUAACAUGAUUUUAGUUUAAUAAGAUUUUUACCUCAGUUAUGGUAUCAUGACAACUAAGUUGUGAUCAUGCAGUUAACUUUAGACAGAUAAGGCUAGCAAGAAAUUUUAUCACACUAAAACCAUGUUAACAAAUGUAAUAUUUAUUUCUGUUGGCUCUACUUUUGAACUGCUGUGUAUUUUAAAGUUUAUGAACUGUCCCCCAUUCACUUCCAUUGCAAGUGCCUUACUAAGUCAAUAUCUUACUGUUAAGCAAUUGAUGUUUUUGAAAAACAAAUGUAUAAUAACUAUAUAAUUAUUCUUUUUUUUUUAAUGACAUUAUUUUUGGUUAUCAACAUUAUGCCACUAAUGCUGUUGAUUGAGCUUAACUUUUAUUGAACCAAAAAUACCAAAAUACAAACCCCCUCCACUAAAGAUAAAAAAAAAAAAAGACUAAUCGUCAGAAUAAUGAAGCAUUAAUACCCAUUUAAAGGUAUUAUGUUAGAUUAUUACCAUGUGGGUGUUCGUAUCAGGGCAGUUUGCCAGUUGUCUAACCCAGUACAUGACCACUCUGACCUCCCUGACACACUUCCAGCAACAGAAUAUUAUCUAUUAUUACUCUUACUGUUAUUAAAAAGACAACAUCGGCAGCAUUGUAGCUCAGAAUGUUUGGGAAGGUCACCCCACGGACAACGAGGGAGAAAAGUGACCUUGUAUCAUAGUUUCUCCAGAGUAAGUAGAGGUUAUUGCCUUAGCCAUGUCUUCUCCGAGCGGCCUGUGUUUUAUGGCUCCUGCAGUAUUCAGAAUGGCUGAUCUUUCCUACAGACACAGCAGUAUGCACAGAGAAACAUUAAAGAUUAAUCAUCAAAGAUAUGAACAAUGCCUAACGCUGCUAACCAUGUAUAUACGCACAAGUAUAUAGGUUUCCUGCAAGUUCUAGAAAGCUGAACUCUUCCCAGAAUCAAUAAUUAAGAUAAUAUGACACAUAAAGCAAGACGUGGUAAUAGUAAUAUUUUCAUAAUGUCUGUGCACGGUAAAAAAUACACUAAUUUCACAGAAUAUACAUCAUCUAUGGCCCUGCCCUGUCACGAAAAAUGAUUUGAAAAUC